AUGUCUGAAGUUGUUGAAAAUAUUGAUGAACAACAGCAAAAUAGCGCGCCAUCAACAGAAGCUGCAGCGCAGUCGACUGAGGCGACCACUGAAGUUACAAAACAAGUUGAAGCUGCCGAUGAGACUCCCGCUCAAAGUGACACCACCACAAAGGAGGUGGUGGAGAAGGAGGAUGCUACUACCAAAACACCAGAUGCUGAUGUGGAAUCUUCAGCAAAACCGGCCGAGUCAUCAUCUUCAUCGUCACCCAUAGUGGAGAACAAAAAGACACCCGCCAAACGUACACCCUCCAAACGGUUAUCCUAUGUAGAACGUGCCCGCCUUGAAAGUGAGGAAUUGGUUAAAAAUAUGGGUGGCUCAUUGGAAAUGGAAGGUGGUCGAAGGACGCGCUCCAGUACCCGUGGUACACCAACCAGAGCGGCAGCUGCCGCUACACCACCGCCAGCUAAAAAGGCACGUACUUCACCGGCCAGUGGUGCCAGUACGCCGACACGUGGACGUGGGCGUGGACGUAAAUUAGACACAUCCACAGAUAAUGCUGCUGGCGAAGAGGAGGAGAAGGAAACCACCAAGGCCGCUGCACCAACACCAAGUAAAAAGAAAACACCAGCCAAGGGCGGUAGAGGUGGAGGUAGAGCGGCAGCAGCUGCCAAAAAAGAAGAAGCCGAAAAGGAACAAAUGGAAACGGAGGAAGGGGACGAAGAGUCGAAGAAAUCUGAGGACAAGAAAAAACCCCAAGAGGAUGAAGUAGUAGAUGCCGCCGUCGCCAAGGAAUCAGAAGAACAAGACAAAUCAGAAACCCCAGCUGUAGAGGCAACAAAGAACGAGGAAGAGAAGGUGAAAAAAUCAGAAACCGAUGCUACUGCUGAGGCUGAAACACAAGAAACAAAUAAAACAGAUGAAGAAAAAUCAGCUGCAGAUAAUGUGGCAGAAGAAACAGCCACCGCCGCCGCACCGGAGUCUGCUACAGAGGCAGAAGCAACCAAACCCACAGAAACUGCAACGGAAGAACCACCUGCUAAAGAUGUCACCGACACAACAACACCAGUAACACCAUUGCCAGCCGUUACAGAAGAAACUCAAUCCCAAGUGGUUGCGGCUGAGGAAUCUACCGCCAAAUCGGAUGAUGUGGUGGUCCUGCAAUCCGAUUCCAAUGAUAGUCCCAUGAGUUCAGAUGAUGUGGAAUUGGUUAAUGAACAGAUUGAAACCCCAACUUCUGCCGCCGGUGGUGGUGAGGAACCAAAAGAAACAACACCUGCUGCAGCCGCCCCCGCUGAAGCCAGUGAAACGGUUCUCAUUGAAUCUAAGGACACAACACCCGAACCCAUGGAAGUUGAUUCAUCCUCAUCGAGUAAUGAUGUUGUCGAAAAAAUGGAUGAAGAUGUGGUAGUUGAAUCACAAACAAGCAAUGCAACAACCAGCACUACCGCCCCCCAAGAUACGGCAACAUCGGAAAAUCAUGAAAAUAAUGAGGCUGCCACAACAACACCAACAAGUGAUCCUAAGGAAAAUUCAGCAACAACAGAGACAGCUGUUGCCAAUGCUGUUGGUGCUACCGAUGUCACCGACAAUUGUAAUUCAAGCAAUUCUUUGGAAAAGGAUUCAGCGUCCAGCGAUGUUGCCGUUGUUAACAAUAAUGCUGAAGAAUCUUCGACAACAACAACAACUACACCUGCAAUUACUAAAACAAAUGAAAAUGAUUUAUGUAAGUAUAUCGAAUAG